AUGCCUCUAAUGAGAAACCCCCUAGCUCUUCUAUAUAAGGCAGUAGCAACCUCUCUCUUGCUCCCAAGAGUCGCAAUUCUCCCAUUCUCUCACUUCCCUCUCUUUCUUGCUGCGUCUAGCAAUGGAGCGCUCCCGAAGGAUGCUUCCAGCCAUCCUUCUCCUUGUGCUGCUUAUCGUUGCCUCUGAGAUGGCUACGAUGAAGGUGGAGGCAAGAACAUGUGAGUCGCAGAGCCACAGGUUCAAGGGACCAUGUGUGCGCUCUGACAACUGUGCAAAUGUCUGCAAAACGGAGGGCUUCCCUGGAGGGAAGUGUCGGGGCUUCCGCCGCCGCUGUUUCUGCACCAAACAUUGUUGAUGAAUGGCCUCCUAACAUAAAGUAGCAAUGUUGUGCUGGUCAUGAUAAUUUCGUUGUCAGAUUUUGGUGUCUUGAGAAUAACUAGCAUUGGAGUUGUCUUUCAUGGCAGAGAGUUACCUGCUCUGGUUAUGAUGUUUAUGUUCUCCGAGUCCUCGUUUUACAUCGUGCAGUAAAAUCUGUAUCUCAAUAAAGUUUACGUGGUUGUUUAA